AUGGUAUUAAAGUUUUCAUUUGAGCAACUUAAGGUGUGGAAUAUCAAGCAAAUGAUUAAGUUGACGCAGGAACAUAUAGAGGCCCUGCUGGACAAGUUUGGCGGGGAGCACAACCCACCAUCAAUAUACCUGGAGGCCUAUGAAGAAUACACCAGCAAGCUAGAUGCCCUUCAACAAAGAGAACAGCAGUUGCUGGAAUCCCUGGGGAAUGGAACUGAUUUUUCUGUUUCUAGCUCUGCAUCAACGGACACCGUCACGUCUUCUUCCUCUUCUAGCCUUUCAGUGCUGCCUUCAUCUCUUUCAGUUUUUCAAACUCCCACAGAUGUGUCACGGAGCAACCCCAAGUCACCACAAAAACCUAUUGUUAGAGUCUUCCUACCCAACAAACAGAGGACUGUGGUACCUGCAAGGUGUGGCGUUACAGUCCGGGACAGUCUAAAGAAAGCACUGAUGAUGAGAGGUCUUAUUCCAGAGUGCUGUGCUGUUUACAGAAUUCAGGAUGGAGAGAAGAAACCAAUUGGCUGGGACACUGAUAUCUCCUGGCUCACUGGAGAAGAAUUACAUGUAGAAGUGUUGGAGAAUGUUCCACUUACAACACAUAACUUUGUACGGAAAACUUUUUUCACCUUAGCAUUUUGUGACUUUUGUCGAAAGCUGCUUUUCCAGGGAUUCCGCUGUCAAACAUGCGGUUAUAAAUUUCACCAGCGUUGUAGUACAGAGGUUCCACUGAUGUGUGUUAAUUAUGAUCAACUUGAUUUGCUGUUUGUCUCCAAGUUCUUUGAACAUCACCCAAUACCACAGGAGGAGACCUCCUUACCAGAGACCGCCCUUACAUCUGGAUCUUCCCCUUCUGCACCCCCCUCUGAUUCUAUUGGGCCCCAAAUUCUCACCAGUCCGUCUCCUUCAAAAUCCAUUCCAAUUCCACAGCCUUUUCGACCAGCUGAUGAAGAUCAUCGAAAUCAAUUUGGACAAAGAGACCGGUCCUCGUCAGCUCCAAAUGUACAUAUAAACACAAUAGAACCUGUCAAUAUUGAUGACUUGAUUAGAGAUCAAGGGUUUCGUAGUGACGGAGGAUCGACCACAGGUUUGUCUGCCACCCCCCCUGCCUCCUUACCUGGCUCGCUUACCAAUGUGAAAGCAUUACAGAAGUCUCCAGGACCUCAGCGGGAAAGAAAAUCAUCUUCAUCCUCAGAAGAUAGGAAUCGAAUGAAAACUCUUGGCAGACGGGACUCCAGUGACGAUUGGGAGAUUCCUGAUGGGCAGAUCACAGUGGGACAAAGAAUUGGAUCUGGGUCAUUUGGAACAGUCUACAAGGGAAAAUGGCAUGGUGAUGUGGCAGUGAAGAUGUUGAAUGUGACAGCACCCACACCUCAGCAGUUACAGGCCUUCAAAAAUGAAGUAGGAGUACUCAGGAAAACUCGACAUGUGAAUAUCCUACUCUUCAUGGGCUAUUCAACAAAGCCACAGCUGGCCAUCGUCACCCAGUGGUGUGAAGGCUCCAGCUUAUAUCACCAUCUCCACAUCAUUGAGACCAAAUUUGAGAUGAUCAAACUUAUAGAUAUUGCAAGGCAGACUGCACAGGGCAUGGAUUAUUUACAUGCCAAGUCAAUCAUCCACAGAGACCUCAAGAGUAAUAAUAUUUUUCUUCAUGAAGACCUCACAGUAAAAAUAGGUGAUUUUGGUCUAGCCACAGUGAAAUCUCGGUGGAGUGGGUCCCACCAGUUUGAACAGUUGUCUGGAUCCAUUCUGUGGAUGGCACCAGAAGUAAUCAGAAUGCAAGAUAAAAACCCAUAUAGCUUUCAGUCAGAUGUAUAUGCUUUUGGGAUUGUUCUGUACGAACUGAUGACUGGACAGUUACCGUACUCAAACAUCAACAACAGGGACCAGAUAAUUUUUAUGGUGGGACGAGGAUACCUGUCUCCGGAUAUCAGUAAGGUACGGAGUAACUGUCCAAAAGCCAUGAAGAGAUUAAUGGCAGAGUGCCUAAAAAAAAAGAGAGAUGAGAGACCACUCUUUCCCCAAAUUCUCGCCUCUAUUGAGCUGCUGGCCCGCUCUUUGCCAAAAAUUCACCGCAGUGCAUCAGAACCCUCCUUGAAUCGGGCUGGCUUCCAAACAGAGGAUUUUAGUUUGUACGCUUGUGCUUCUCCAAAAACACCCAUCCAGGCAGGGGGAUAUGGAGAAUUUGCAGCCUUCAAGUAGCCACACCAUCAUGGCAGCGUCUACUCUUUAUUUCUUAAGUCUUGUGUUCGUACAAUUUGUUAACAUCAAAACACAGUUCUGUUCCUCAAAUCUUUUUUUAAAGAUACAGAAUUUUUCAAUGCAUAAGCUGGUAUGGACCAGAAUGGAAGUUUUUUUCCACCCAACAAAAGAGGGAAGAAUGUGUCUUAGGAACCAGAAUUCUCUGCUGCCAGUGUUUCUUCUUCAUCACAAAUACCACGUGCACCCAAGUCUGCCCACUCCCAGGAAGAAAGAGGAGAGACCCUGAGUUCUGACCUUUUGAUGGUCAGGCAUGAUGGAAAGAACCUGCUGCUACAGCUUGGGAGAUUUGCUCUGGAAAGCCUGCCAGUCAACCUUGCCCUUCUAACCGCCAGGUCAAUGUGUGGCUGACCAUCUGAUGGGGCAGUUGCAAUCACCAAGCAUCGUUCUCUUUCCGGUUCUGGGAUUUUUGUUGCGGAGCUCUUUCCCCUAGCCACCACCGGUUCCUUUCUGAGGGAUGGAACAAAAAUGCAGCAUGCCCUUUCAGGGUGGCGCAUGCACAGUCCUCGACAGCUCUUACAGAUGAAACUAUUCUGUCUCAAUGGAGGAUGAGCGGUGAGGAGGUCAUUUGGGGUAGAGGAAAAGGGAAUGCUGCAUCUUUUUCCUGACCUUCUGGGUUUCUGGCCUUUUGUUUCCUUCUCGCUGAGGGUGUCUGCCUAACCACCUGGGCGGGAAAGAGGUGCACGUGUGCCUUCUUUCCUCAUGGGUCCAGCAAUGAAGACAAGUGUUUGGGAUCUUUCUCCUCCACAAUGUAGCAAGUUCUCAGGAAAUACAGUUGAUAUCUUCCUCCUAAGCUCUUCCAGUCACCAAGUACUUCUGUGGCUACUUUGCCCAGGGCACAAAAUGCGCUGGCAUUCUCUAAUUUAAAGCCUACAAAACUGUUUGAUUACAGUUUUGAAUGUGAGACAUUUAUGUAAUUUAAAUGUAAGGUACAAGUUUUAAUUUCCAAGUUUCUUCUAUUAUAUUUUUAUUAAAAAGAAAAUAAUUUUCAGAUUUAAUUGAAUUGGAAUAAAAUAAUACUUCCCACCAGAAUUAUAUAUCCUGGAAAAUUGUAUUUUUGUUAUAGAAACAACUUUUAAAGAAAAAUCAUUAUCCUUUUCUCUAUCUAAAUAUGGGGAGUCUUAGCAUAAUGACAAAUAUUUAUAAUUUUUAAAUUAAUGGUACUUGCUGGAUCCACACUAACAUCUUUGCUAAUAUCUCAUUUUUUCUUCCAAUUUACUCCUACACUACAUUCUACAUCCUCUUUCUAGUCUUUUAUCUAGAAUAUGCAACCUAAAAUAAAAUUGGUGGUGUCUCCAUUCAUUCUCCUUCUUCCUUUUUUCCCAAGCCUGGUCUUCAAAAGGUUGGGUUAUAUGGCAGCAGGGUUCCCCGGGCCAAGACUAGAGCGACUGUAGGUGUAUCUGGACUGAGGGAGGAUGUGUGAAGCCAGCCGUCAGUUGUUUGUAGCAAGAUCUGCUGUGGUAUUUAAGAGAAAGCUCAUGCUCUGUCUUUGCAUGAAAGGAAUUAUAACCUAGUCCUGGCUUUGGCCUUUACUGACCGUGCAGGCGGUGGCAGCAGUGAAAAGUGACUCUGGAUGUAACUGGCAAAUACCUCUGAUACCAUGAGUCUGGAAUCCCCAGUCAGGACUUAGGAAUGUAAAUCAAAUCAAUUGUACUUUAGCCCAACCAAGCUAUAUAGCCAAGACCUGCUGUAAGAAAUCAGACAGGGCCUGUAACAUGAACCAGGGAAUUAAAAACAGUUACUUAAAAAUUCCAAAUGCAACAUGCCCCUCUGUAUUUUAGUCUGCUAAAGCUCACUGCCACCAGACGGGUUUUUGCUGGAAUAUGCUUUCAGAGGAAGACCUUUUGGAGAUCCUGCAGACUUGUCAAAGGUUGUCCCAGUAAAAUGGAAAAUAUCCUGGAGUUAUGACUGACCAUGUUGGAAGGGCAAUGGGUCCUUCUGGCAGUAGCUUAGACAGCUCAGACCCUGGGAGGAGGAAACUGGUGCUGACUAGAAGGGCCUCUCGAGGGCUGGGUGGUCUGUUUUCCUUUUGUAAUCUGUCCCCAGAGGCUUUUAGACAUAACUGUACCCUCUACCAAGAUUUGGGGAGCUCUGGGCUUGACCGUUAGCAGGCCCUGUGAGUGCCGGGGCGCUGUGGGAGCCGGGCAGGGCCGCCGCAGACAGGAGCUAGUUGCGAGGAAGCGUGGUGCGGGACUGUCCAGAGCCCAGCUCAAGGGAGGCUCGUUUUUCCCCCGCUUCCUCAUUUGAAAAAGGAAAACAGACUUGAUAGUAAAGUUAGUCUCAGGAGACCAGGGAUUUUUAUAGCGCCCUUACAAAUAAAAAUUUUUCUUCAUUCCCUUUUUUUUUUUCCAUGAAAGUUUACAGAUUGAAAAAAGGGUUUUCUCUGUUUUAUUUGCUUUUUUUCUUUGAUGCUUAGAAAAUGACUUCUCGAGCUCCUAAGAAGAUACAAGGAAGAACUCCUUGUCUGUGCAAAGCACUUUACAAGUAAUUGUAUAGAUAGUAUGUGGCUGCUUACCGGUUACUUUGUAGGCUGGAGUAUCUGUCUUUUCUGUGAAACGGCUGCAGUGCCUUCUGUCGUAUAUUUUAGCUGGGGCAAGGAGAGGUGAAGCCUUCUGAAAAAGAGUAAGCAUAAAGAAUUGUUUCUAAACAUGUAGUAUUCCUGAUGGACUUUUUCAUCAUAGAAAUAGAGUUGGUGUCAAGACUGCCACAGAAUCGUGACCAAAAGGUAGUUUAUAAAAGGGAUUUGUGAAUAGGAAAUUCAGUGCGAUCGUAUGUACAACUUUGCACCUUAAAAGAAGGUUUAGCUGUCAAAGUCUGGGUCUUGGACUUUGAGUCCCUGAGUGUAUUGCAAUUUGGUGGCAGAGUGGGGCAUCCCAGGAGAUAAAAUAUGAAGUAUGAGAUUUAUAUUGGUGUUGCAGAAGAGAGAGCAUUAUACAGUUAGAAAGAAUUCAAGACUUCAACACUGUCAACCAGAAGCUUUGUAAAUAUUGACUAGAUUUUUGUGUGGUGCCAUUAGAGCUCUUUAUCGUAUGAUGUUCUCUGAUUCAUCAGGCAGGGGCCGGAUGGCCACAUGCCCCUCCUCAGACUGCCCCUCCUGGACACUCACCUUUCCAGCCUCCUGCAAAACCUCAUCUAGCUUUAGUUUGAAACACAUUGUGGGGUUCAGGUGACCUCUUCAAAAAACUACCUCCUCAGAAUGAGGUAAUGAGUAAGUUAUUUAUUUUAAAAUAUGAAAAAAGUCAGGAGCUCUGGAACAUGAAGAUGGUUUAAGUUCUUUCUUUAUGUGUUCUUGUGUUUGGGCGCUCUCAUUUUGUCCCAAAGGGCAUUAAACAUUUAAGCAGCAGUGCUGAAAAAUGUAGCUCAGCGUAUCCGAAUGUCUGAAAGCGGUGCCAGAAUCUGUUGAGGGGUCCGUUCCAGAAUCUUAACCUUGUCAGUUACACGAAAUUAAAUAGCUGUGGUAUCACUUCACUGACAGUGCUACAUUUCAAUCUUCAGUAGCUUCACACGAUAGCCAUCUUCACGAUGAGCCCCCUCCCAGCCUUGUCACGUGCACAGAAACUCCUAGAGAGACUGCCCAGCGACAAGGGGAGUGUGAUCACUAUUUUGCAAGGUUCUUUGUCCAUAUUAAGUUGGCGUUGUCAGUGCUAGAAUAUCAGCACCUUGACACUGGCAAAUUCCAAACCUUUAGGUUAUUUUAAAAAAUAAAAUAAAGGAAGGUCUAUGAACCUGAGCAGAAACAGCUGAUGGUUCUUACCCGGAAGUGGUGUAGGUGAGGCUCGAGAAAAACACCUCGACAAUUUGCCAAAUGAUUAUACUGUGCCUUCACGAUGCAAUAAAAAAAAAAGCUAAAAUUAUAGCAGAAAUCAGUGAUUUGUGAAGAGAGCAACCACUCUGGUCUAACUCAGCUGUGUUAAUAUUUUCUAGAGUGCAAUUUAGACAGCAAAGAUAAUGCACUAAAGAGUUUAUAGCCAAAAUCACAUUUAAAAAAUGAGAACACACAGGUAAAUUUUCAGUGAACAAAAUUAUUUUUUUAAAGCACAUAAUCCCUAGCAUAGUCAGAUAUAUUUAUCACAUAGAGCAACUAGGUUGAAAUUAGAGUUCAGAAACAUUUCUAGGGAAGCUUUUUCUACUCCCAUAGGUUCUUCACAGCAUGGAACUUUUAUAUAACAGAAAUGUUUGACACAUUUUGAGAGAUUGCUGUAGGUUAGGGUUGAAGUACUGUAUGCUGGGCAGCAGUCACAAUAGCUGAGAAAGAGGAAAAUAACAGCUCAGACAGGGUUUGAUUUGCGGUUCCCAGAGGACUGCUGCCUAGACUGGCUUUUCAGAGUUUGAAACUUCAUGUCCACUUGCCUCCCAGGACCUGUUUGCAAAUUAAGCAGGACUGUGCUGCUAAUGUUGUUGGGGAGCUUUGGGGCCAGUGGAGCUCAUUAAUGAGGGGGCACUGGAAUAAUGAGCUGCCAGCAGGUGUGGAUUGGGCACUGUGAGUGCCUGUGUCUCCUUUAGUUCCUGGACACCCCCAAGAAAGCCAGAGGACUGUCCUCGAGGAGUUUCCAGAUUUCCCUGAAAGCACGCUGCUAACUGCACUAGGCUGGACCCCAGACGUGCAGGGCGUCUGCUGGUGUGCUGUGGCCGGAGAAGGGUGUUCCCAGUGCAUUCCUGUUCUCGGUUGCUAGCUCCGGUGAAUGAAAAUACUGCGGAGGCUUGCUUGAUCAGUCCACUAGACAGGAAGCUUUGCGCUGUUCUCAGAAACCUGUUUUCGCUUCUACUUGGGCAAAGAGACUUAAAUUGAAGUUCAGUCCUAAAUUUGUCACGUGGAGUGGGGGGGGGGGGUUUAGCAGUUUCAGGUAUUUUUAAGGUUGGCUGUGCAUUACUUAAAAACACAUAGGGAGAGUCAGUCUCAAAAUGAUUAAGGAAAUAUUUUUAUUUCAAUCUCCAUAACUUGUUUUAAUUACUAGAUCAUUUCCCAUAAAAUGAAAUUUCGUUCAGCUGUCGUGGCCAGUGGUGGCGAUCACAGCGUCUGGCCAUGGUGCACAAGACACAGCCAGUGCAGCCAGUGCCGUGAUGCAUCUACGUUAAAGGGGUCUGUGGAGUGAAGUACUCUUUAAAAACAGAGGACUCAAGUGUUUACUCACGUUAAAAUCCAGAAAAUAUGUCUGCAAACCAUUCGCUUCUCCCAUCAGGCCGAGUAGAUCGUCCGCACAGGAGUGACCCAUUCUGUUAGAUUUCAGUGUAGGAAUCAGGUGGGAAGUCACUUAGUAGGAGGGGGGUGGGGAGAGGGACUAAGCAAGCUGCUUAGUACCGGGUUUGUUCUGAAAAUGAUUGUGGCGUCGGUGUUAAGUCUCUUCCAACCUGCGUAUUUUGACGUGUGAGUUACAAACGAGGAACCCUGGACUCGUGUGAGCACCGAACCUCAGACUGGGCUCAAGUGGAGAGAGAAUGGACCAAAUGGGAGGGGGAGGGUGUGGGACUACAUCGGAGGGUUGGGGAAACUUGCCGUGAGAGGAGGAAAAACCCAUUACCUGAAAAUGUAAGCGUGCAAUAGUGAGCUUUUCAUUCUAAGCUGUGAACGGUUUUUUAAAAAAUCAUUCCUACCACAUUUGUGUGUGUGCCGUAGCUGAGGAAAACCAGCUAUCUAAACAUGUAAUGCCUUUUAUUCCUGUUCCUCACCAACUCGAGUGGCUAAUCUUUGUCGUGAAUCUUCAUGUACUUCUAGUUUACAUACAGGGCUGUGCGCGCGCGCGGGCCGUGCCCUUCCCGUGCAGCCGAAGUUGCAUUUAUUGGGCCUCGUUUCCUUCGGCCAGAGCUCGAGGGAUGGUCAGUUUGACCUCGGCGUGUCCGCCUGCAGGGCCUCCGUGGCGCGGAGUGCGGGGCUCUCGGUGGGUGGGUGGGUGACCCUGAGCUGACCCUUCCUGGCGGGCAGCUGGCGGGCGUUGGAGCUCUGUUCUGGUCAUCGCUGUUUUUUGAUUCAGGCCAAAAAGGGAAAUCACCCCCCUCUUCAUUUACUUCUUGGUUUAAGGACAGCUCUCCUGUAAGGGAGAGGAAGGGAAAUCCCGUUGUGACUGCGGUGAAUGCUGGCCUCGGGUUUUCGCGCCGGACCUCGCGCCGUUCCGUGCAUCCCUCCUCUCUCUGCCAAAAGUUAGGACUUGGUUCGCUUCCGUUCCACUCAAGCGUUGAAAAGGUCUGGGGUGUGCCCAGUGAAAAGAUGGGGGCUUUUUAACUGUCCACAGACCUCUCUGUACCUGCUUUGCAAAAAUUAUAAUGAAGUAACUAUUUUUAAAGCUUAUUUUUCAAUUCAUUAAAAAAUUUAUUUUCAGUCAAAUGGAUGAUGUCUCUCUUUUCCCUUAAUCCUCAAUGUUUGCUUGAAUCUGCCCCCCCCCCCUUUUUUUUUUAAGAACUUCUUCCCCAUACCUACUUCUGGAUACUUUGGUUCUCUUUCCUGCUCAGGUCCCUUCAUUUGUACUUUGGAGUUUUUCUCAUGUAAAUUUGUACAAUGGAAAAUAUUGUUCAGUUUGGAUAGAAAGCAUGGAGAAUUAAAUUUUAAAACAGAUAGCUGAAAUUCAGAUUGAAGAAAUUUAUUUCUGUGUAAAGUUAUUUAAAAACUCUGUAUCAUAUAAAAGGCAAAGUUCUAUGUACUUGAUGUGAAUAUGCAAAAACUGCUAUAAUAAAGACUGACUG